AUGACAAAAAUAAUUUUUUCAUCUUUAAUUUUAUCAAUAAUUAUGUACACAGAAUGUCGAAUGAUUUAUCGGAGGUAUGAAAAGGAAAAUAUCGAGAAAAAUUACGUUCAAAUUGUAGAAAUUUUCGAGACUAAUUUACAUCCACCAAAUUUUAUUGAGAAUGAGAAGGAAUUGAAUGAUUUUUUGGGUAAGGAUGCAUUUAAAACAGACAUGAAUUGUAGUUCAGUGACACCUGAGAGAGAAGAAACGACAAAAAGGAUAACAGUAGAGACAACAACAAAGCCUUUAAGAUAUCCAACAUCCACAAAUCGUCAGCCAUUAUCAACUACACCAAAUCCCAUAACUCAUCGUCCACCAAAUUUAGACAACAUGUUUACAGUCAGACCAAUAAAAACUACAACAAAAACAACAAUUCGACCAAAUCCAAAAGAAAAUGAAAAUCCAGACUAUACAGAACUUUACAACUGGCCUAAAAAUCAACCAAAACCAAACGUACAAGUAACAAAGCAUCUGCCAACGACGAUAAAACCUCCAAUGAUUGUCAUACAGGAGACGGAUGUUCAAGUUAUAAAUAAUCAAACAAAUUCGAUUAAUACAAGUGAAAAAGAUGUAGAAACGACAACGGAAGUUAUUACAGACACUGACAUUUAUGACGAUGAUGACAAUGGAACUGAAAAUGGGAACGAAGCAGACGACGAUUAUGAUGAGAAUUCUUAUGACCUUGCCAAUGAAAAUGACCAUAAUCAAUUGCCUGGUGACGAAAUAUAUAGUGACGAGGAUGAUGAGACGAGGAAAAGACGCAAAAGAUUGAAUAAAACUCAACGACGAAGAAAACACAUUCAAAGCAGUGCCAAGUUAAUAUUCUGCAGAAAUUGUAGAACAACUAGAAAUACAGAAAAUAAUAUUUAUGUUCGGGUGACGACACCACCGCCUGAAAGUACAUCCGUUCAUUUGUCACACAUAAUCAAUGCACCUAUGAAAUGUAAACCUGGUCUUGUCCUUGACAGAAGGAACAUUUGUCGGAAGCUUGUCUUUAGUAAUAAAUAG